CGACUGGUUCACACACCGUGUCCUUCUGGGAAAUCUGAGAACAUUUGGUUGCGCUUCUUGGCUGUGUAUUACGGUAAAACAUGGACGCCGCAUGUCAACGCUGACGGUGAGGUGUGUUGGAAGAAGUCAUUGGUUUUCUGCUCUACAGGUCAGAUUAUACAUCAACAUUCAUCAUGAUCACUCCUGCUUUUGACCUGAGUCAAGAUCCUGACUUUCUGUACCUCAGCAUCCGUGUGCCCUACACCAGAACUUCAGAGUUCGACCUUUAUAUUGAUGGAACAGAUUUUAAAUUUUAUGCCAAGCCCUACUUUCUCAGAUUAACACUUCCAGGAAGAAUAGUGGAAGAUGGAAGAGAAAAGGCCACAUUUGACAUUGAUAAAGGUCUCUUCACUCUUCAGGUCUCCAAGGAAACACCUGGAAACCAUUUUGAAGGACUUCAGAUGCUGACGAGUCUUCUUGCCCCUAAGGGUUCCCGAUCAGCGAAACCUUUAGUGGAAGAUGUGGACCCUGGGUCUAGUCAAAGUGUAGAAGAAGAUGAAGAGGAAGAAGAAGAAUUUGACUGGCAGGUGGAGCAGGAGGUGUACAAGGAGAGCUCUGAGGAGGAGCUGGGAGCUCAGCAAAAGUAUGGCUUUGCCAAUCAGAGGUCUGGGGUCUUCGCCAGAUUACAGGCAGAACUCAGUGAUGUGAUUGAUAUUGAAAACCCAGAAGGUACAACAGCAGCUGAGAGGAAACGGUCAAGGCAGGAGGCCGAGGAGUCUGCAUUUUCAGCAGACCACUAUCUCUCUGAUCUGUUCGAGGAUGAUGACAUUAAGAGACUGCUGAAGUUUAGACCCUGGUGGGCAAAACUGAGUUCUGCACAAGAUCUGGAGGGAGAAGCUGAUUCACAUGCAGCUGUAUCGUUCAACGAUGGUGAGAAGGAGCAGCUGAGGAAAUUCACCAACCGCUCCUUUCUGCUGGACAAGACGUCUCGUUACCAAGCGUGGCUCGGCCUGGUCGACAUACUGCUGGCUUAUUGCUACGAAGCGCGCUCCACUGAGGGAGAGCACAAUGUCGAGUCACCGUGGACAAUCAGAAAGCUGAGUGGGACUCUGUGCUGGCUGGAGACAUACUGCUCCGUACAGGAAGUCCUGGUGUCUUUUGGGCGUAGGGUGUUGUGUUACCCCCUCUACAGACACUUUGGAUUGGUCUCUGCAGCAGUGACUGACACAGCUACUAUUUUGCAGUCAGGAAAAGCCUGUGUCCUCAAAUGCCUGCUGGAUAUUCACAAAGUCUUCAGAGAGAACGAGCCGGCCUACAUAUUGAAUGAUCUGUACAUCACCGACUACUGCGUCUGGAUUCAGAGGGUCAAGUCAAAAAAGUUGACAGCUUUUGCUGCAAUGUUAAAAACAGCUCCUCUGCACAAAAAAGACUUGAAGCUGGAGCUGGUGGAACUGGAGGAGGCGGCAGCUCUGGUGGUGGAGGAAACGAAGGCAAAAGAGCAGGGACCAUCUGAGAGCGCUCCAUUAUCCAACGGUGACAGCAGUGAUGACAGCAGCGACAGCAGCAGCAGCAGCGACAGCAGCAGCAGCAGCAGUGACAGCAGCAGCAGCAGCAGCGGCUCAUCUUAUGAGAGCGAGGAGUCAGAGGCUGAAGAGUGUGCUGAAUCAGGAAGGGGAGGAGGAGGAGGGAAGACUUUUAAGGACAGCCCUCCACUUCCCCAACCCACGUCCGCUGCCUCUCCCAUCCCCCGGGAACCAACAAGCACUCUCAGCUUAGCAGCGGAGAAAGUGGACACCCUCCCCUCGGCUUCUGGAGACACCAGACUUCUCAUCCAGGAGCUGGGUGAGCAUUUGGCUGACGAGCUGCAAAUCUCUGAGGACUCCAGCGGAGGCACAGAGGGGAGACGGUGUUCCCAGCUGAGCAGCGUUGAAGCAAAGAGGAAACCAACAUCUGCAAGUAGCAGCAGUGGGACUUUGUUAGAGCCCGGUCCGUACAGGAAUCCUCUGCUCAUCGUACGAACACCAGAGGAUGAGGAGGAAAAUGACUUCAUUCAACGGAUGUAAUAUGGAAAAAUCUGCUGGAUUAAUGGCUGGACCGGUGGGGAUUUAAAUCAUUUGCUAAACAAGAUGUUUCAACUUGGUUCCACUGGAUCAUCAUCCACCUUCAGUUUAGUUACGUUUUCAUUUAAAGCCUUAACUGAUUUUUUUAUAUUUACAGCACAGUUUAGUAUUUUCAAUUAUAGUAUAGAAUAUAAGACUAUGAACAUGAUUCUCACUUCUUUAACUUCUCACCUACGAUAAUAAUAAAGCCACAAUCGCCCCUAUAGUAAUUAUAGCUGCAUAUUCUUUUAACUGUUUACUCCAAAUGUCAUUCAUCUGAGUAUAAUACCUUGUUUUCCUGUCGGUGUUUUAUAAAUAAACAGGAUUGUCAGAAA